AUGGAUGAAGAAUCAUUGUUACGUUUGUGUUCUUCGGCGUUUACCUGUGCUGAGAUUCAAAAGUCGAAAGCAUUGUUUUUUGAUGCUAUACCAUCGGAUAAGCGAAAAAUACAACGUAAAGGAGAGGGAAAAGAAAAACCUGACCUGCAGGAUAUUAUUCAGCUUUUUAAAACUACUGAACCUGAUCUGAUUCCUAUCUUUGUUGCAAGAGAGUUAGAAAAAUUACCACCAAUUACCUCUGAUCAUCUUGACUGUACAAAAGUACUAAAGGAUAUUGCAAAAUUACGUUUCGAUAUAGACUGCAUAAAGUCGACGUACACUCCGCUUGAACAGCAUAAAGAGCUUGAAAGUAAAGUAUUGGUAAUGAAGGAUAUUCAUCCACCGCGCAUGUGUAAUAUGAACCCAAGGCUGAGUUUGGCUUGGGGCCUUGAUAGUGGACCAAUAGGUAUGUCUGCUAUACAUAAUUCCACUUUCGUUAGGUCUAAAGAGAUGAAGAAUACAAUUAUAUCGUCGUCACUAAUACGAGACGAAACAUCACCUAGUUGUAGUCUAAGAAAGAAAGUAGACAAUAAUCUGUCUACCAGCCAAAGAAAUAAUAUUGUGCACGAACGGGUAUCUUUGCCGUUGUUAUCGCAUCAGAAUACUAACCAUUGUUCGCGGGUGGUUGUUCAAUCUGAGUCAUGCGAAACCGGUCAGAAUGCUAGUAUGACAAGUAAGAACGUUAUAAGUAACAAAACAAACUUAUUGAUUAAUGCUGGGGAAUCACAGUGUGCUUGCGUUCGACGUAAUUUCAAAAAAUGA